AUGUCUGACACGGAGGAGAUUGUGGAGGAGUAUGAAGAAGAGGAGGAAGCAGAGGAAGAGCAGAAUGUAGAGGAGGCCCCUCAAAUACAGGAUGAUGAGAAUGAGGCAGAAGAAGAAAAUGAGGUACAAGAAGACAAGGAAGAAGAAGAAGACUCCAAGCCUAAGCCUAAGGUGUAUGUCCCCACCAUUGUCCCUCCCAUGCUCCCCGAUGGCGAGAAAGUCGACUUUGAUGACCUCCAUCGUAAACGUGUCGAAAAAGACUACAAUGAGCUUCAGAGCCUCAUCGAGGCACACUUUACCAACAGGCAGAAAGAGGAAGAAGAGCUGGUAGCCCUAAAGACCCGCAUUGAGCGGAGACGUGCAGAUCGUGCAGAGCAGCAGCGCAUUCGGGCCGAGCAAGAGCGUGAGAGGCAGGCUCGUUUGGCCGAGGAAAGGGCGCGGCGUGAGGAGGAGGCGGCUAAAAUCCGGGCUGAAGAGGAUGCCAAGAAGAAGAAACUCCUCACCAAUAAGGGCUAUGGAGGCUACCUACAGAAGGUGGAACAGAAGAAGGGCAAAAAGCUGACAGAACGGGAGAAGAAGACAAAGGCCCUCAUGGAGCGCCGCAAGCCACUCAACAUCGACCACCUUAACCAGGAGAAACUGGUGGAGAAGGCCCAGGAACUCUGGCAGUGGCUGCAGCAACUCCAUGCUGAGAAGUUUGACCUGGGUGAGAAGCUGAAGAGGCAGAAGUAUGACGUCAAUGUGCUGCACAACCGCGUCAAUGACCAUCAGAGGUACAGCAAGACAACCAAGACCACCAGGAAGUCCUGGAAAUAG